GGGAGAUGCUGCGGGCCGACGCGUCGCCCGGCGCCGGGAAGCCUCGCGAGGAGAAGAGGCCGGGGCUGAGCAAGGUGGUGAUCCGGCGGCUGCCGCCCAACCUGACCAAGCAGCAGCUGGAGGAGCAGCUGCACCCGCUGCCCGCGCACGACUACUUCGAGUUCUGCGCCGCCGACUGCAGUCUUUAUCCUCAUCUCUACUCAAGAGCAUAUAUUAAUUUUAGAGAUCCUGAUGACAUCCUUCUUUUUAGAGAUCGUUUUGAUGGCUUUAUCUUCAUUGACAGUAAAGGUCUAGAAUAUCCUGCAGUGGUAGAGUUUGCUCCAUUCCAGAAAAUAGUUAAAAAGAAACUAAGGAAAAAAGAUGCCAAAAUUGGAAGCAUUGAUGAUGAUCCAGAAUAUAAGAAGUUUCUGGAAACCUACUGCAUAGAAGAAGAGAAAACUAGUAUCAGUCCCGAAACUCUUUUGGGAGACAUAGAGGCAAAGACAAGAGAACUUAUUGGUAGAAGAACCACUCCUCUUUUGGAAUAUAUUAAAAGUAGGAAAUUAGAAAAGCAGAGAAUUCGAGAAGAGAAGCGAGAAGAGAGGAGAAGAAGGGAGUUGGAAAGGAAACGCUUACGUGAAGAAGAAAAAAAGAAGAGAAGAGAAGAAGAAAGAUGUAAAAGGAAAGAGGCAGACAAGCAGAAGAAGCCUGAGAAAGAAGUAAGGAUUAAGCUACUUAAAAAAACAGAAAAGGGAGAGGAACUCCGCCCUGAGAAAGCCAGAGAAAGAGAUGAGGAAGCGGAUGCUGGAGAUGGGAAGCAGGAAUGCUGCCCUGGCUAUGCAGCCCUGAGGCCCCAGCCCCACAAGAGAUCUCUGGAGGAGCUCCAGGAAAAGUCACAAAAUGACAAUGAUAAAGAAUGGAGGGAUCUGGAGAGAAGACUUGUAGAAAAAGAAUCGGAAUCAAGGUACCACUUGGAUGACAGUAAAAAGCCUAGAGCUCACUAUGACUUUGACAAAGUUUCUAGAAAAAAUGAAGAAGAGCCAAGAUUGGGAAAAGGAUUGUUUUUUGACAGAGGGAAGAAGGAGAUUCAAGAAGAUGGUGCUUCUGUGGAGACUUUGGAGCGACCAGAGAGAGAAAAAAGUAAAGAUGGCAGGGCAUCCAAACAGGAACUCAUGGGAAGCAAGGACUGGCCAGCCUUGCGGCUCUAGCAGCCAGGAGCUAUAGCAUCCGAGCACGAGAGAGUGGAGGCAGAUUCUCUGAGGAGGACCAUGACGGGAGGAGGGGUGAGCCCCAAGAGGCCCAGGGAGUGGAUGCACGCACCACGUUUGUGACUUGGUGGCUUCUGCCCAGCACUCCAUGGGUCAGAAAGGGCAGGCUGAAGAAUAAACACCAACUUGGAAGAUAAACUGCGAGAAGAAGAAACUAGAAGUAUAAACAUGGCAUGGAAACAUCCAUUUAAACACCCUUCUUAUGAAAGAAGCAAUCUUAAAAUGUUUGUUUGCCUUGCUAGCUGCCAACCUAGGAUCGACCCGGGACCAACCUGGAUUCAAUCCCCGGCAUCCCACAUGGUCCGCUGAGCCUGCUAGGAGAGAUUUCUGAGUGCAGAACUAGGAGUAACCCCUGAGCACUGCCGGGUAUGGCCCAAAAACCAAGAAAGUAAAAAAAAAAAAGGAUAAUAUCACAUACGUGUGACUUCUGAAACACUUUCCAUGUGUAAAGGAAUAACUUCUCAAGUUUUACCCAUCUGUUAGCCUUGUGUGAAGGAUCUGUAGCUCCUGCAUCCUUCUUCCUGAUGAGCCUUGUUUCUCUUAAAGGAAACAUCUAAGCAUCCCCCAAAAGCCCUGCAUUGUCCCUUUGACAGGGACCUUGUCACCAAAUAAAGUUCAAUAGUAGCUGAAAU